GCCCGUCGCUCGAGUUCAACAAGUCGCACCUCUCCGUGGUCGCGGUGGUGGUCGAGGGCAACAAUGGCCGCUUCCCUGCAACGGAGGGCGCCGCUUCUCCUCGUCCGCGCCCUCUCCUCCCCUGUGCGAUCGCUCUCUUCGGGCGCCGCCCUCGUCGAUCCCAGCUCCGGCGAGGUCGGGAUCGUCUCCGGGAUCCCCCACGAACACCUCCGCCGAAAGGUCAUGAUCUAUUCACCGGCUAGGACAGCAACUCAGCAAGGUUCUGGGAAAGUUGGAAGGUGGAAAAUCAAUUUUAUGUCAACGCUAAAGUGGGAGAAUCCAUUGAUGGGUUGGACAUCCACUGGGGAUCCGUAUGCUAAUGUAGGUGAUGCAGGGCUGAGUUUUGAUAGUGAAGAAGCUGCAAAAUCGUUUGCUGAAAAGCAUGGAUGGGAUUUUGUGGUCAGGAAGCGCCAUACUCCCCUUUUGAAGGUGAAAGCCUAUGCAGACAAUUUCAAGUGGAAGGGCCCCCCAAAGAUAGAGGAAGAUUAGAUCCUCUCUCUUUCUGUUGUUUCGGUGCACAGCGAUGUCGUUGUGCUUUAUGUUUUUCCUGCAUUACGAUCCCUUUUGAUAUCCCUGGCAAUUCAAAUUCCCAUUUGCCAUCAAUAAAAAUUACUAAAGUGUUUCUUUUGUAUGCUCCUUCUCCGCGCCGUAGUCAUUUGAGGGUUUUGCAUCUCCUCGCUGCUGUUUCCUGUUUAGCCAUAUGAACAUAUUCCAGCUGAUAAGAUGGAGGCAGAUUUUUUUGUCUUCUGAGAAAAUCUUCUCUGUAAAAAUUUCUUUUACGAUAAUUGCGUCUUUGCAAUCUUCAAAUUA